AUGGCUUCAUUCUACACCGGCGCCGAGGGAUGCCCGUACCCCAAUCCCAGCACCAGCGUGCAGCUACGCAACGGUUCGGGAGGUGGUCUCGUGCUCCUUCAAGACACCCAGCUGAUUGAGACGCUGGCUCACUUUAACCGCGAAAGAAUCCCCGAACGUGUUGUUCACGCCAAAGCUGCUGGUGCCUACGGCGAAUUCGAAUGUACGCACGACUGCACCGACAUCACGUCCGCCAGCUUCCUCAGCAAAGUCGGCAAAAAGUCCGACGUGCUGCUGCGCAUCUCGACCGUCGGGCCUGAGCGAGGCUCUGCCGACACCACGCGGGACGUCCAUGGCUGGGGCAUGAAGAUUUACACGGACGAGGGCAAUCAGGACUUUGUCUGCAAUAACAUUCCUGUCUUUUUCGUCCGGGACCCGAUCAAGUUCCCCUCGUUGAAUCGUUCUCACAAGCGCCAUCCGCAGACAAACCUGAGUGACUCGGACAUGUUCUGGGACUUCCACCUCGGCAACCCCGAAGGCAUCCACGCCCUCAUGCACCUCUUCAACGACCGCGGCACGCCCGCCUCCCUGCGCAACAUCAACGCCUACAGCGGCCACACGUACAAGUUCACCAAGGAGGACGGCAGCUUCAAGUACGUCAAGCUGCACAUCAAGGCCCAGGCGGGCGUCAAGAACUUCACCGCCGACGUCGCCACCAAGACGGCCGGCGAGAACCCCGACUUCUUGACGCAGGACCUCUUCGAGGCCAUUGAGCGGGGGGACUUGCCCAAGUGGGACGUCUUCGUGCAGGUCAUGGAUCCCAAGGAGGCGGAGACGUACAGGUGGAACAUCUUUGACAUGACCAAGGUGUGGCCGCACAAGGACUAUCCGCUGCGCCAGAUUGGUGUUUUGACGCUGAAUCGGAAUCCUCAAAACUACUUUACCGACAUUGAGCAGGCUGCCUUUUCGCCCUCCAACAUGGUUCCGGGCAUCGCCCCCUCAGCCGACCCCAUGCUGCAAGCCCGCAUGUUCGCCUACCCCGACGCCGCGCGCUACCGCCUCGGCGUAAACUACCAGCAGCUGCCCACCAACCGCAGCAAGGCCCCCGUCUACUCGCCCUUCCAGCGCGACGGCUUCAUGAACUUUUCCGACAACUACGGCGCCGACCCCAACUAUGUCAACGCGUCGCUCAAGCCCACUGCCGUCAAGGCCAAGGCCAAGGCCGGCGGCGGCGGCAAGGUCAGCAGCACCAUCACGGAGCACGAGAAGUGGGUUGGCGAGGUGAGUAGCUUCACGAGCGAGAUUGGGCCCGAGGACUUUGAGCAGGCGAAGGCGCUUUGGCGCGUGCUGGGCACGCAAGAGGGCCAUCAGGAGCGCUUCAUUGGGAAUGUGGCGGGACAUUUGUCGGGGGCUAAGAAUGCCACGAUUCGGAGUCGGGUCUAUGAGUACUUUUCGCAUGUGGAUAAGGAGCUUGGGAAGCGUCUUCGAGAGGUUACCGAGGCCAAGGUUGCUGCCAAGUGA